UGCCUUGUACUACGCCAGUGUGCGCACGCGAUGGACGCAGAGGUCCGCUGCCAAAAAGGGCAGAAAGUGUCGUGAAAAUUUUCAAAUAUUGCAUAAAGUCGUCGUCUUGGGUCAUACAUCGGCAUUGUAAUGAUGCCGAGUACGUUAAAGAAUAAAAUAUUGAAUUUGCAGCAAAAACUAAGGGCUGAAAAUGAGUCAAGUGACAGAGACAGGCAAAAUACCGUUGGGAUGCCAGGAACGGGCUUACCGCCGUCAUCCUCGGGGCCUGCAGGGACUAGCCCUGUCGUCCGGAGGCCAAGACAGCUGGUAGAUUCCGGGACGCCAACCAGACCCAGACGACAACUGGAUUUGCCUGUUCUGCAGAUGCCACCCCAGCGAACACACGAUAGCGAAUUCGACUCAAAAUUGCAAGAAAUUAUGAAAAUGAAUGGAAUUCUGAGCAUAAAUGGCCGGAAGUAUCAUACAGAAAUGAAGGAUCUGGAGCACCUUGGAGAGUUAGGAAAUGGGACCUGCGGUCAUGUCGUCAAAAUGAGACAUAAGCCCAGUGGAGUUGUCAUAGCAGUAAAACAAAUGCGGAGGUCAGGCAAUGCCGAAGAAAAUAAACGGAUAAUAAUGGAUCUAGAUGUCGUCCUGAAGUCCCAUGACUGCCCUUACAUUGUCCAGUGCUUGGGGUGUUUUAUUACAGAGUCUGACGUAUGGAUAUGCAUGGAACUUAUGGCCACGUGUCUAGAUAAGUUAUUAAAAAGAACUAGACAAGCAAUACCUGAAGAAUUUCUUGGGAAAGUCACUGUUGCAACAGUUAAAGCGCUAUCGUACCUGAAAGAAGUUCACGGCGUUAUCCACAGAGACGUGAAACCUAGCAACAUAUUGUUGGAUGAGACGGGGGGUGUUAAACUAUGUGACUUUGGAAUAUCUGGUCGAUUGGUGGACAGUAAAGCCAAAACUAGGAGUGCGGGCUGUGCAGCUUAUAUGGCGCCUGAACGAAUAGAUCCUCCUGAUCCAACGAAACCUGACUACGAUAUAAGAGCAGAUGUCUGGAGUCUGGGUAUAACCUUAGUAGAAUUAGCUACCGGAGUGUUCCCAUAUCGAGACUGUAAAACUGACUUUGAGGUUCUAAGUAGGGUGGUACAGGACGAGCCCCCCUCUCUACCCCCAGACUCAACUUUUUCCAAAGAAUUCCGUGGUUUUGUUAGCUGGUGUCUCACCAAGAACUAUAAGCAUCGGCCUAAGUACCAGAAGCUUAUAGAACACGCUUUCCUGAAGAGAUAUGAUUGUUGUCAAGGCGAUGGCAACGAAUCCACUUCGCCCAGUUCUGGUUCCGAGUGGUUCAUGACAGUCAUGCGACAAUUAGAACAAAGACCAGCGGGAGUGCAGCCCCAAUUUUCCGGACACGUGUCCUUGAAACAAACGGUUCAUUUGAGAACCUACUCUGAAGCUCCAGCGUUUUUACGAAGUGGUAUCACCAAAGAACUACAAAAUUCCAACUUCCUACCAUUUCAGCCACGUACGAGUAGUGAAAAUGGUUCGAAUUAUGUCCCUAAUAGCCCAUAUGCAUUAAGAAGAAAAGAAACUGCUAGUCCGUUGUCAAUAUCAACUACCAAAGAUUCAGGAAACAGCAUGGAAUCCAAUAUACACAGGCCAUUUUCACCUUUAUGGCAAGAAUCCAAAAGCACUGAUAAAAGUUGCGAUCUCUUCAACACACCCGUUCCAGAAAAAAGUCCAACAAACGGUCAAACUCGACCAUUCUCUCCAUUCAGACAGGAUACAAACUCUACGGAAACAAGGAGUAGACCUUAUUCACCCUUUUCUUCAAGAUUAGCGUCCAGGUCGUUGAGUCCAUUUGCUCGUGACUACUCACCGUGGAGACGGGAGAAUGUCGAUCCACCAGGCGUGGUUCAACCUUCAACGGAAUGUGGAAAAUAUUCACCCUUCAUGCAACAAAGAGUUAGACACUUAUCACCUAGCACCCAUCCGCCAAUCCAGGACAUAUAUGGAAGCCCAUUAGUCAGUCGGAAGAGAUUUCCAUCGGAGCCACCGGCACAGGGUUCCACUAGUCCGCAACUACUUAUAUCACGAUAUGCUCAUCAGCACCACCAGCGUAAACAAGAAGUCAAUCCACCAGUGGCGCAGGUCCACGGAGCAUCCAAGGAAUCAGCAAAAAGACGCUUUGCUUCUUACGUUAGGCUUCGACUUGGCAGUGACCGUGCUCCUUCCCCAGAACCUCCUCCGAGACUCAACCGUGGAGAAUCUCCGCUGGCUUUGAGAAGGAAUGUUAACGAUCAACCCUCACCUUCUUUUCCCAGAAGGUACGUGUCACCAUCACCGCCGCAGCCCCCACCCAGAAGACUUUCUGAAAGCAGUUCCGCACCUGGGAGUCCACAACAUGUCCGUGCCCGCCUACGUUACACGCCUGAACCCCAAAGAAGGCCCCCACCCACGUAACCCACCAUGAAAUCCCCCAAUAGUUGGUAUUUUAUCAGUGCCAUACACACGCCAUAUUGCUUCGCCAAUUAUCACUCAUGACUUAGAACGGAUAUCAUGCGUUCACCGAUUGAAUGGCCCCAUACAGCAAACACCAUGAUGUACGCAUAUAUAUACAAUAAGGUAAUCCACCUCGGCUAUGUAGCCCACAUCAAUUUUUAAUAUGCAAAUUUCAUUACCCUGUGGGGGUGUCAUGAUACCACUUAUUUAAGAUAUAUUUGCCUGAACCGUUCACUGCCGGGCAAUUUAAUUCUUUCACGCACCGGAAACUAUUGUCUAAAUGACAAAGCAGUGAGAUUAACCCCUACAUCUAUUCGUAUCUAUGUACAUAUUUCUACAAGGUUAUUAUAAGUUUGGGAAAGGCAUUUCUCUGAAAAAUGGCAUUAAUAUGAAAUUUUUUUAAAUUACAAAAUUCACAUUUUUAUCUACACUACUAAAGUUUGAUAACGUCAAAAAAAAUUGAAACCAGCCUAACAUACUGCAUCCGAACUUUGCUGAUGCGUUUUUCUCUGCAUUGUCAUUUUCUUAUUCUCAGGAAAAACUUACCGCGUGAGACAUGUAUAAAAUUGUAUUAACGUAUUAUUUCGUACAGCCAAGUACGUACGUACAUGCAGCGUUCUUGACUCUAUAUGAAGAGAACGCUGUCCUUCGUUAUUAUUAUUAAUUUAUUUUUUCUUUGGUUUGUUUUCUUCAUUAUGUUCUCUGUUACCUUGUGUGUGAUAGUACAACGUCUUCAGCGACAACAAACUGCUGGAUUAAACUUCAAUCCUAUCAAAACGUCCUGGCUUUCACUGGAUAUCUUAUUAAUUACUUCGGUUUGAAUUACAAUGCAAUUAUAAGGACAACAUUGUUUGCAAACCAAAACGACACAGACCACUGACCUAGCUCUUACAGUUAAGCACAAGAGUCACGUCUCGAUACUAUAAUUUUAAUUGUAUAUUACUUACAUAAAUCAAAGACCUGGUAGAUAGCACGAUGUAAUUAUUAUUUUCAAAAUCAUAUUAACUCAUGAUAAUACUAAUUACGUUCAGUCUACGCUCGUAAUCACCUUUGUCGCUUAUUCGGCAAAAAGAUUUGUUGCUAUGUAAAUAAACUUAUAUUUAUACGA